AUGGCUGAUGAGUUAAAUUUUUUAAUCGUUGGUGGUCUCAGCUAUAUUGGCUUACACAUUAUGGAAUAUUUAUUGGAGAAAUAUCCAAAUAUUAAACUAACAAUUCUUGAUUUAUCAUCGAACACAGCUUGUACAAAUGAAAUUUUAAAGAAAGUUGAAAAUUAUCGCCAACAAUGCAUUAUUGCCAUUGGUAGUCCUGGUAAUAGUGAAUUGGUAAAAAAACUAUUAAAGGAACAUAAGAUCAAUAAUGUAUUAUACAACAUUUGGAAUGAUGAUGUUAAUGAUAUUACUACCAAAAAUGAUCAUCCAGGAUGUUUUCGCAAAACAUUAUCCUGUAUGACACAAUUUUUGGAAAUUUUACGAUGCCAUGAGAAUUUAACAAAAUUCAUUCUUAUUAGUUCGGAAGAAGUUUAUGGAAAGCAAACAGUAAAACUGGAGACAAUAGCAACAAAACCAUGUUCACUUAAAGGAGCAGCAAUUAAUGCAUGUGAAAUGAUGCUUCGUUCUUAUCUUACUAGUUAUCGUUUACCUGCUGUUAUUGUACGAUUAUCAGCAGUUAUCUAUGGUGGAUUAAUGGAUGAUAAUUUAUUACUGCAAUUAAAUCAGGUUGAUGAUAAUGGAAAAAGUGGAACUGUUGGUUUGUUACACAUUCGAGAUGCUGUGGUUGGCAUAGGAUCUGCGUUAGAACACGGACGGAUUGGUGAAGUUUAUAACAUUGGAGGUGAAUGUGAUUGUUCUCCUGAUUUUCUCCAACUUAUUCCAAAGCUUAAAAGGGGCGAAAUUUCAAGCGAUAAAAUCAAUAUUUCACCACUGACAAUGCCGUCGACGAAAGCUGAAGUUGAAUUGUUUUGGAAAGCCAAAAUUUUGCAAUCAGAUGGAAUGCGUGAAAUAAUUGAUAAAAAUGAAAAUCAGCAGAAUGAAAUGAAUAGUGCUAGUACACAUAAAAUUCUUAUUUAUGGUACUGAUUUCGCCUUGAAACGUCUUAGUAGAUUAAUCGAGAAUAAGAAAAGAUAUCUGCCAGAAUCAAUGCAGAAAGAAGAUAUUAUCAUUGCAAAUCAGCCAACAGGUGAUAUUGAUAUCAACGAAAUAAUUGAUAUAUCUCCAAGUCACAUUAUUUACAUUUUCCUUCCAAAUACGGCAGAAGCGCUUAAUUGUGAUCCUAAUGCAAAGAUUGAUUCUGAAACCAACAUUCCAACUCGAGUAAUACUGAAAACCAAACUGUAUACAUUGCCUUAUGCUCCCUGGUUUUUGGCAUCAUUUUGUAAUAAGCGCUCAAUUCAUUUUACUUAUUUGACUUCAUAUAGUAUUUAUGACGAAAGUUUUUUUUGCAAUAAUCACACGAUGGAUUUUGCAGAAGUCGAGAAUAUUUUAUGUUAUAAUAUUUACGAUUAUCUUAUGGCUAUUAAUAUAUUCGCUGACCGUUUGUUGCAACAAUUUGAUAAUGUACUAUUCUGUCGUGCAGGAUUGAUGAUUGAUAAGGACGAUGAUCUCGAUAAGAUGACGUGUUUCGCAUUGGAUCCACCACUUUAUUUAUGUCUUCUCUCGAAUUCCAUUCCACUAGUUCUUGAUCUUGCACUAAAACGUCACACCGGUACGGCUGAAAUAUCAAAUGAUGUUCUUGUUGAUGAUUACGAUUUUCGGGAACUGUGUAAUCAAGGAAAUAGACCAUUUGGUGCAUCAGUCAAAUUUUUAUCAAAUGAGAACAAAGAUAGCAGUGAUGAUGACAAUGAUAAUAAAUGCACUGAUAUUGAAGCGAAAUCAUGCGAACAUUCAGAAAAUGACAUGACCGAAUAA